AGGCGUUGGGUUACUGCCUUCUUUCAAAAAGCUGUGGCUGAAGAAUAUUUUGGCGCUAUUCUUGGCCGUCCUUUACCAGCAUACCAGAAAUAUAAUCCUAACCUUAAGCCAGGUGUUGACACGUUUUUUCAAACUGUUACAUUCCGAUAUGGUCAUAGUGAAUUAAGUGAUUUUUACCGAAUUCAAGAUGAAUAUGGUGAUACCCUUUAUGAUUUGGCUUUGAACGAUCUUAAAAAUCUCACUCUUUUAGAACAACUUGGCCUAGAUAGAGUACUUUGGUCAUUAGUUCUUCAACGUCAAGAAGAAGUUGAUAUUUUCUUUUCUGACUCGACUAAAAAAUAUAUUGGCCCUGAUAAAAAUACUUAUGAUCUGGUUGCCUUUGAUAUUUGGAGUAGUAGAGAUCGUGGUAUUCCUUUGUAUAAUAUAGCGCGACAAUAUUAUGGUUUUCCUAAAGCUAAUUCAUUCGCUGAUAUUUCUUCAAACCCUAAUACUCAAGCAAAUUUGGCUAAAAUCUAUCCAAAUGGUGUUGAUUCUGUGGAGGCUUUUAUUGGUGUAAUGAGUGAAAAUCAUUUAAAUGGUUCAAACUUUGGCAUGGUUAUGAAUGCAAGUAUGGUAACACAGUAUACGCUCAUUCGAGAUUCUGAUAAAUUUUGGUUUGAGAAUCCUGAUAUGUUUAAUGAUGAUGAACGAAAAAUUAUACGAAAUACAACAAUCCGAGACAUUAUUAUUCGUAAUCUUAAUAACAAUAUAAGCUUCCCACAAAAUAUUUGGGCCGUUCAACCUCAAAUUAAACUUAAUAAUAGUGAUGAUGAUAAUUACCCAAAUAAGAUUGAUUGUUGGACGCAAUAUAUUAUAAGUUAUAGGGUUGAUUUAGUAUUUGUAUACUUCAAAGUUCAGCUUCAAACAUCUGAUGGCAAUGGAUGGUUCGGAAUGGGAUUUGGUCCUGAUGAUGAUGGAAUGAAAGGAGCAGAAUUUAUUAUUGGCAUUGUAACUAAUGGAAACGUCACAUUAGAAAAUUAUCAUGCUGACGUGGGUGGCUACCACCCACCCCUUCGUGAUUCUAAUCAAGAUCCCACUCUUACGCCAGUGUUUUCGAUGUCUGAAUCUAAAGCUGUAACCGUAGAGUUUAAAAGACUUCUCCAACCUCCAGGAAUCACCAUAUUUUUGAUAUAA